AUGGAUUCCAUGGACAUAGCCAAUGCAGACCUGCUAACCAGAGUUCACACAUGUCUCAAUAAUCCCAUUUAUUCAGUCCAUCUCACCCCCUGGAAGCUAUACUUUGAUGGAUCUAAAACAGACUCAGCCUCUGGGGCAGGGAUUUUUUUAGAAGAUCCACUAGGGAUCAAACACUGUUAUUCAUUCAAGCUAGAUUUUCAAUGCACCAAUAACAAGGCAGAAUACGAGGCUUUAGUCAUAGGACUAGAAAUGCUAGUGGAACUAGGAAUCCAGUCUGUCGAAAUUCUAGGAGAUUCCAUGCUGGUGCUAAAACAGAUUGCUGGAGAAUAA